AUGGGAGGCAACGAGGACAUAAAAUCGGACGGUCCUGGCGGCCCGCAGGUGAAUAAUGGCGAGGACAUCGCAGGAGCAACCGAGGACGCGCCGUCGAAAAGUGCCAGGGAGUCUCUGGGAAAGUCAAAAUCCAUGCCGGCGCUGGAACGGCCGAGCCCUCGUGAUAACACACGUAUCAGCCAUUCUGAGUCCAACUUCGCCGCGUCGCUCAAGCUGCGCAGCAUUGUGCCUGAGGAACGCGAGGUAAGGCGAUUCGGUGAGGUUAAAGUGGUGCGGACACUAUCGCAGCUCGUCGGCUCCGAGCACAGCUUCGUUGAGGAAGAUGGCGCCGAGGGAGAGGAGGAGACCGGUGGGGCUCCGAAGGAGACACAAGUGGGAGACACGCUGUCCUCCAUGGACUUUCCUAGCACCAUUGGCACGGACACCAAGCUCGACGCAGAACUGCGGCAACCGCUGCACAGCGCCGAGACCGUGGGCGAGGGCAAGACGGAGGAAGCGCUGGCCGUGACGAGGCUCCAGGGUGAGGCGACGGUCGCACCGACGACCUUCGAAUCCAGUGUAGGUGAGCCCCAAGUCGCUAAAGUUCUUUCCGACGCACAGCGCGAAAAGAAGCGCGCACUCGCUGAUGAGGGUACGGUGUACACGUCGUUCUCCGAUUCUUCGACGCCCAAGCCGGAGGCGGACCUAGCUAAGUUGCCUUUCCAGAGCGAAGGCGCCGAACAAGGGGCUGUCUUACUCGUAGCUCCCGGCACUUCGCAUGCAGAGGUCGCGAAAUCCAUAGACGAGGAGGCGCAAAAACCAUUGCCGUUCAAGACGCCUGAAGAAACAACGGUCGGUUCCGAAGUCGAAGACACCCUCGUCGAACGAGCAGGAUUAGCUAAGCAAGCCGAGCUGAAGGCAACGACACGCCUCGAGACGAUUGAGCCUCGGGGAGAUUGGGAAGGGCCCGCUAAUGAAAUACCUGCAGAGGAAACGGCAGGCACUAAGCAGCCUCCGAAACGACGUGUCAGCACGCAGGUGUCUGAGAGCCAGGCAUCAGAGUGGCGCCUCGUCGAACACCCCAAGGCGUAUGGAGGCGAGCAGCAUCAAGCGCUAGUGGCAGCUGGACGAAGCUUCGCAAACGACCGAGGAAAAGCCUACGAAUCCUAUAUUGUCCCUUGGAACAAAAGUCAGUCUCAACUUGAAGUGGCCAUCGAGAAGCCUCUGCCGUGGAAAGCAGAAGGUGCAAUCACUGAUUUGGAAGCACCUGAAGUGUCAACAGCUUCGAAGAUAGGCACCGCAACGGAGUGGCAUAUUGAAACGAUACCAGCCCUCGAGUCACUCCCGCAAGAAGCUCCACCUCCUUCAUCCUACGAAGAGACGACGCCUGGCAUGGACCGGCUUGCACCCGCUUCUGUUGGCACAGAAGGUUAUCGAAGGAGGUCUUCUGCUAAAAAAGGUUCUGAAAAAGAGCUGUCCGAGACAACCCCUGCUCUCGUAUCAUUCCCACAAGAAGCUCCGCCAAUUCCAUCUUACGAUGAGACAACGCCCUACAUAGAACCAUUUGUGCCUGCUGCCAUUGCUACAGAUGAUGGCCAGGAAAGGAAACCUUCGGAAACUAAAAUGGUUCGAGAAGAAGGUGCCGUCGAUGAGAAAGAGGCGUUCCAACUCGAAGCAACACCUCGUAAAGCUGACACAAUCAAACUGAGACGUCGUUCUUCCGUCAUGCCUCCAACAGCUGCAGUUGUUCCAGGUUAUCGAAGGAAGUCUUCUGCUAUAGAAGGUACUGAAAAGCAGCUGCCGUAUACUGAGGCAACCCCACCCCUUGAGUCAUUCCCACAGGAAGCUCCGCCUAUUCCAUCUAAGGACGCGGAAGGACGUGUUGUACCAGCCUUCAGAACGGGCGAGUCAGUUGGGGGGCCGCUGGUUGCUGUGUCCACGACCCCCAAAAAGAAGCGCUCCGUCGGUGGCAUCUUUUCGCACUCUUCGCAGCCCGAUUCCGGCAUGCGCUCGCGGCGGGUAAGCGAGGUUACGGGCUUGAAGUCCAAACAAGCGGCCACACAGCCGGAAGGAGCGGAAGUCACAGUAACUGUGCGUGAUUACGAAGCUGACCUUGAAGAGCAGCCUUCAAGUGCUGAAACGCAGUCCUCGCAGGAAGAGGAGGAGCCUGGGACGUCAGUGAGGAAAGAUAAGUCGGCACUGACUCUUUACGAUGAGAAGGCACCCAAUGUUGUCCUGGCGGCAAAGAAACAAGAGGGAAGAUUUCCACCAGAUGUAGCACAUGCCAAGCCAGGUUCUAUAAAUCCGGAAGUGAAAGAGUCACAACCAUUUGUACCGAGGCCAGAUGAGACAUCGUCCUUGGUCGAAAUUGCACUGCCACGUGCUCCCAAGCAAGCGUCUUCCACGGUCCGAGCAGAGCAGCCGUUUUCUAGAGGGGAGUUCCUGCCGGCUACCCAGAAGAGCAUAGGCGGUGAAAAAGCUGCUGAAGAAUUUAAACCUGCAGACGCUAUCUCGGCAAUCUCUGAGCCUGAAAAUUCGACCGAAGGCGUCUUCCAUCUUCCUGCUGAAGAUAAGUCAUGGGUUUCUAGAGAAGGCGCUGAAGCGGGGGAGUCGGAGAAAGAGAGGCCCAAGUUCAUAUCUGGUUCCAAACCAGCCGAGGCUGCUUCCGGGCCUCCUGAGCAAGGUGUUUGCGUUACUGUGCUCUCUCCUAAACACGACGAACCCUUCAGAGUUCUUGCAGGCAUGCCAGUCAUCACAGAACCUACAAAAUUGACGCCACAUACUGGCGCUAUAGAGCGAACGCAUCACAUUUCGGCACCUUGGGCAAGCAGAUCCAGCACUGCUGCCGCGGAAGAGGCUACCAGAGGCCGUGCGGCUUGGGAAAAGGAGCUGACCAGGGCAACUGCUCUCGAUCGCCGAAUUGAGCGCCUCCACGAAAAAAAGACCGCGAAAUACUCAGUCGUUAUUAAGGAUGGCCAACCAAUAAGAAGCAUCUCCAGUUCCUCAGACUGCACGGAGCCUGUGAAGGAAGACUUCUCAGAUUUGGCCUAUCAGUACGUGGCCAGUGAAGAACAGGUACUCGAGAGGAUAGUCACUGUUGACGGCACCAUGUCUACCAACGCGGCACCUUAUCCGCCAUCGGGCAAGCAUCCUCCCGGAAAAGGUACUAAGGGUGGUGGUGCUUCCGGAGCUCACACCGCGUCAUCGGAACCAGAGCCACCCAAGUCCGAGCAGACGGAACAACCGCCAACCGAAGGGCCUGCGUCGGAGUCGCAGUUCAAAUCAGAAGAAGCAACGCCAUCGACGCAACAAAGUUCGUCCUUCGAAUUGGGCAUUCCAGUCGAGGAGCAGAGAGAGUUUCCCAUAACGAAAGAUCACCAGACGGACGAAAUGACGACGGAUACAGGUUUCGAAGAAUUUGCAUCUGUACAUCAUGAAGACAGGGGACGCGAAGCCGAAUCAAGUGCUUUGGAGUCGUCAACGGCUUUGGAAAGUGGAGAGCAACUACCUGCACUUGAAUACCCUUCUGCAAGAGUUGACACGCACUCUGCUACAGAUAAACCAUUUAGGGGGUCUACGUCAUCACGCGUCAUGGACGACGGGGCAAAGCCUGAGUCUAUGAAAGCGGUGCCUAAGACAAAGUCAUCUGAAAAACACGACACAAUGAUCAAGGCAAGUCAGGUCUGGGGUCAUGAACAAACUCACUUAUUGACCAUAGCGCCAAAGACGAUCGUGCCUACGACGGAACAUCAAGAACUGGAACUUAGCAGUAAGCUUCCUCAGCUAGAAUAUUUUCCGUCCCAGACCGCUGCCGCUGAGGAAAAACCAAAAACGAAGAGUGAGCUCACAGUGCCGGCCUUGUUACCUCAGCAGAAAAUAGAAGACAAAACGCAGAGCGGAGAAAUCGAUCGUCAACCAAAGAUGGCUGGAGCCACCGUUGCGAGAAAGGCUGAGCUUCAAAGCGCUCCAGACGAACUAGUGCGCAUCAAGCCGACUUGCCCUGCACAACCAGUUAUUGCAGUCGAAGAGGAAACACCGGCGCUGGACGCAUUCCCCGAAAGCUUUCUACAACCAACAGUCCAUGUAUCCGCGCUAGAAAAGCCUCCUACGAAACUUCCCAUCGACAUUUAUCGAACAGCAAAAGAGCAUGAAGCCCUUACAACUCCGGAUAAACUAAGCACUCAAGAAGAAAAGCCAACCAGUCUGAAGGCAGUAGAACACAGGCCGCCGGUCGAGUAUCAUGCCCCUCUGCACUUAAGAGGAACAGAAUCAAAAGAGGUGCCACAAGCGCUUACCAGAAGCCAGGAGAUGAAAAUAUAUCAUCAACGCGAGCUGCCCGUUUCCAAAGUCGUUCCGACGGCAUCUAAAGCUUUGCUGCCUGUUACGGCGCCGGCAAUGAUUGAAGCACCGAGCAUUCCUGCCGCUACCGCGCAAGCGGAGAAACAGCAAGAUACAGCGGUACCUUUUUUCGAUAAAACAGGUGGGGUCGAUACGAGCCAGUCUCAACAAGCAGCUAUUGUUAAAAAUCUUCCAUCAGAGGCACUUGAUGCGCAGGUGAGACUCUCAGCACCGAAAGAACCGGAAUUAGCGGAUAAAAAAUUGUCAACUGUGCCAAUUUUAGAAGCGGCCAUCACGCGACCUGUCGAAAAAGGAGCCGUGGUUACUUCUGACGCUACUGCUUCCAAGGAGUACGCCCGCCAGACUACGGCCACGGUUACUUCCACCAUGCUUGUGCCAUGGACCGAAUCUGCGCCAGAUGAGCUGCGCACGGCUCAGGGCACCGACCGAAUGGCCACCGAAAGCGAGCGUGCGUCAGUCGAAGCAACGAUAGGAAAACGUUCCAUACCACCAGACACAGCAGUAGCAGGAUCAGUUCAAGUUAUGGAAGCCACAGACGGUGAAUACGCGAACAGAGCCGCGUCUUUCCUAGCUACUCUUCCGACUGAAAUCGCGCAGCAAAUACCGCAUGAAGCGCCCGAUGCAACUGUAAGACCCGCCGCAGCACUCGCAAUUCCCGGAGUCACGCCGCUUCUCGAACCGUAUGGCGCAAAACACGCUGCCGGAGCCGAACAACAACGGACGCAAGCUGAAGUAUCGCCAUCUUCACUGGCCGAGCAAGCAGCAGUCGGAGAGACCGAACAUAAAUUCCUCGAGCCGCUGUGCACAAGGCUCGCAAUUGAACACCGCACCUCGGAAGCUGGCACUGAGCAAAUGAAACAUGCUGCAUCAAGAGUAACGGCUGUUGAGGAUGAACUAACGAGACGUCAUGUUCCGGAAAACAAUGUUCAGGCUCUCGCAAAAAGCGAAGUUCCCGGCACAUCAGUAGAUGCGACUCAAAAAGAGUCAGAGUCCGUGGUCCCAAUUAGCGAGCCACAGGUAACCGAAAUGCCACUCACUCUCGCUGAUACCGCACCCGCCGCAGGAAUAGUCGAACCCGUUACCCGUGACAUAAAGCUUGAAGAAGUACAAUACCUGAAGACCGAGAGGGCACUUCAACAGAAGCCUCCUACUGAUCUCAAAUCAGUAAAUGAGCAGCACAUUACUGAGAUGAUGCACAUUGCGUCAGAUGUUGUGCCAAAACCAAGUCAGACAAUGACACUUGUGGAACCAAGAUCUCUGUCACCGACCGAUCAAGCGAAGAGUCAUCAAGCCUCACAGCUUAUCGAGGCACCCAGCACGGAGGUAAGAUCAGCUGGAGAUUAUAGCUCUGAGGGAGGUGCCGUUCUUGUUGGUGUCGAGGACGUGGACGAACACCACGAGUACCAUGAGGAAGUGCGAGAAAAACGCUCGACUUCGAUUGCCUCAUUGUUGAGAGAAUCGCCUGCCACAAUAAUGGCACACUUGAGCGUUGCUUCUUCAAAGCCGGAAUCACCAGGUGAAAUAGAUGGUGCUGCUGUGUUGGAACCCAUGUUUAAGACGUUGCGUUCGGAAGAAGAGCUGCAACAACUUUUGAUGGGCGGUACGAACACUGACCUCUCUACAGUACCAGAAGAGGUAACCAAAUCCUUUACUGAUACCACAGAAGCGACCAUCACAGGGCACAUUCCAGCCUCACGUCAAGCCAGUGUCCCCGAUCUUGAAAUGCCCCAGAAAAAAGAGCAGGAAGCAGCAAGCUCAGAAGUGUCCGAUGGUAAUGCUGCCACUGACAAGCCACUUGCUGUAGCUCUUGCAGAUAAGCCUCCAGGAAUCGAGCACGUCGCAAAGCAAGCCGUACAACCUUCACUCCAAGGCUUCGCUCCAUCCACAGUCCCUUCUUCGCACCUCGAGACGGCACUUCCUAAGGAGCCUCCAACACACGAGCACGCAGAAGAAGCAGCAGAGAGGCAAACCGAACCGGUAGUUCUAGAAAGGCAUGGGAAACUCAUGAAAGCGCCUGCUUCUGAAGCAGCCCCUGAGAAGCCGAUUCCAACGCAACUUCCAGAAAAGCCUCCAGCAUAUUUACACGUUGAAGAGGCAACUGCAAGUAAAAGCGAAUCAGCAGUACCCGAAACGCAUGAAAAAACAUUGAAAAUGAUCAGUUUCAAAGAAGCGCCUCAGAAGCCAGUACAUGCAGAACUUCUAGAAAAGCCCCCAGCUAUUGAACACAUUCAAGAGCAUCCUGACAGGCAAGCCGAACCGUCAGUACUAGAAAAACAUGGGGAAAUAGCCGAAAUGCCCACUUCUGAAGGAUUCCUUGCGAGUCCAGUUCCCGUGACCCUUCCAGAGAAGCCCCCAGCAAUCGAACAUGUAGCAGAGAAAUCAGAGAGCAAAGUACCAGAACUUCUCGACAGGCAUGAAGGAACCUUGGAAUUGAUCAGUUCCAAAGAAGCGCCUGAGAAGUCAGUUCCUGUAGCCCUACCAGAAAAGCCCCCAGCUAUUGAGCACAUUCAAGAGCAAGCUGGCACGCAAGCCGAACCGUCAGCUCUAGAAAAGGCUAGAGAAAAAGUUGAAAUGCCCACUUCUGAAGUAUUCUUUGAGAAGCCAAUUCCCGUAAAAAUUCCAGAGAAGCCUUCAGCAAUUGAACAUGUAGCAAAGAAAUCCGAGACCAAAGAAGGGCCAGUAGUACUCGGGAAAACCUUGGAAGUACUCAGUCGUAGCGAAGACCUCGAGAAGACAUUUCCUGCAGCAAUUCCAGAAAAGUCACCAGCUAUUCAGAGCAUUCAAGAGGAAGUUAAGAGGGAAGCCGAACAAGCAGUACCGGAACAGCAUGGCAAAAUAGUCGAAAUUGCCACUUCCGAACAAGUCGUUGAUAAACCAAUCACCACGAAAAUUAGGGAAGAGCCUCCGGCCGCUGAACGUGUUGCAGAGAAAGCUUCAGAACCUCCAAUGGUAGGUGUUAUCCAGCCAACAGUCGAGAGUACAAAAUUGUCUCUGGUCCCUUCGGUAGAAACGACUUCAGCAAUAACACGAACAGAAGUGCCAGUUUCGGACACUUCUACAGAGCCUGCUGCUGUGAAAACGCCGUCCCUCAUAGAAACGGACACUCGCGAGGCGCAAGUUCCGGCAGAAGUGCUGGAAUCUCGCAGAAAAUUCAUUUCUACUGCAAUCAAAGCACCGGUCGGAAAACUAUCGAAACGAAAAGCUACUCUGCCGGCUUCAGAGGCUCAUCCUGCUUUCGCACCAGAGCUGUCUCAAGAGGAGCCAGUACCCUCAGCUACUCCAGAAGGAACAGGAUCCCUUGCCACUGCGGAAAAAGUUACGCCACAUGCACAGACCAUUGGUCUGAAACCAGGUUUGAAACUGACUAAAGAGCCCGGAAGUGCACUCGCGAAGAAAGAACAAGUGGUACAUUUUCCUACGCCUGGACCCACUAGCGAUGUAGCCUCACUCAAAAUAGCAGAACCAGCACUGCGGUCGGCAGGUAAUGUAGGGGAAGAAAAAAUUCGAGAAGCGGCUGCAGUGGCGGAACGCGAGCCGGAGAAAGUUGACGAGGAAGAAGCUGCGCCAGCCACCGUGUCCGCGCCUGCGAUACAAGUCGCCGAUUCCGUAAGCGCAGUUACCGGCGGAGUACCACUACCCCGCCCGCUUGGUCAACUAGUGGCUGUGAUUCCUGGUGGAACUGACGGCAUGCGAGCUGAUGCUCCUGGAAUAACCGAGUCUGAAUUGGCCAUAGCCGACGCCCUCAGGGUGUCGGAGCAGGAAGCUCGCUCGAGAGACCAGCAUCAACAGGCCCACGUGCAAGGAAUCAUCGUCGAAGCGCCUCGACACCAGCUCAAACAGCACGAAGCAGAGACCAUCGCUAUCGAGAACGUUGCUCGGCCGCCCCUCCUGGAACGCGAAAUAGACCAGGCCCAAAUAUCAAGCGCCGCCCUUCCGCCGUCCGAGAUCACGCCGUACGCCGAGUUCCAAAAGUCGCUCAAAGCGUCCCCGUCUACGACCUUACCGAGCGCGGCCACCGUGGCGUCGAAACGCCUGACGCCGGACUACGCAGUUACUGCGCCUGUCGCCGUAUCGCCAAAAGCGCACGCGGAGAUCGGCAAAGACGCGACCGAGAUGGAACCGGCGUUGCAACAGCCGCUCGUCGAGAAAAGCAAGAACGAAAUCCGAGAGCUGGCGGCAGCCGCGGUCGUCGUCGCGGCCGCGUCGGCCGCCGUGAACGCCGAGCAGCAGCGAGAGUUAGCUGUGCUUCGGGAAGCCUCGAUCGCGGGUUCACUUAUCAGUGCCGCCUCCGAAGCCUCGUGCGACGUCAGUCAGAAGAUUGCCGGUGACCUCGACAUGUUGCCGAGCGCCUCGCGCACCGCUCUUGUCGCAGUGCUCGCUGCCGAGCCACUAGUGGAGCCCGAUAUACCGAACGCCAUUUGCGGGCCGCCUAGUGUCAUUUCGAGCAGCGCGAGCGGGGAGAGCGUCGACAGGCUUCGGCCGGACUCAAGCCGAGAUCGGUCGGAAGAGUUGCGAGUUCCGGAGCUGCUGGCGCCCGCGCUGGACGACGAAAUUUCGCUGCCGCGACCGACUUCCUUCAACGUUCCCGUCAUCAACAUCCAGUACAACUUUCACUUCCCGCCCCCUAGUGACGCCCCCGGAUCCUCCGGUCGACAGACGCAGCCAAACCCCGAACGAGCCAUGGCCGCCCAAGUGCUCCGGGGAGCGCUGGCCCAGCAGGGAAUGGCCGGGCACAUACCAGGACACCACGUUCUCACUCCCGAGCAGGCGGCCGUCCGACAGAUCACCGAUCGGCUGAAUGACGUCGCGCAGCACGGAACGGAGCCUUACACCGGACGUCAGAGCCCGGGCAGAGGCACCAUUUUUCACCGGCUUCCCAGAAAGCCGGUACCUCCAGUACCAAGGCUUCAACCUCCCGGCGGUGACAUGGCAGCGCAGGAGCGCAAGAGGCUGAGCGGGUUUCGUUUCAUCGUGUGUCUGAUAGCGUUCCUCAUGGUGGUCUUCAUCCUGCUCUACUGCCUCGGUCUUAUAGGAAACAGGCGCUACUUCAUGUACUACGGUUGA